AUGGAGAAGAGCGCCAGCAAUGGGGAGGUGACGGCUGUUCCGAUCCCGGACUCGUGGAACUUCGAGCCGAACGAGAGGCUCCUGGGCCUGAUGUCGCUCUCGGUGCGCGGCGUGCUGGCCAGGAUCAAGGCCGAGAUGGUUGCCGGCGGCGGCGGCGGGGGGAGGCCGGUGAUCCCGAUGGGGCACGGCGACCCGUCCGCGUUCCCGUGCUUCCGGGCGGCGCCGGAGGCCGUGGACGCCGUCGCCGGCGCGCUGCAGUCCGGGGAGUACAACUCCUACUCCACUUGCGUCGGCCUUGAGCCCGCACACAGUACAGGACUGUCACGUGCUCAGGGUCAUAACAAACAAAAACUGAAUCCUGCACCUGCGCUUUGUGUCCAGUCUCUUGCAAUUGAGAUAGUCUGCUCUGUGUUAGCUCGUCCUGGUGCCAACAUCUUGCUCCCAAGGCCUGGCUACAAGUUCUAUGAGGCGCGCGCUGUUUUCAAUGGAAUGGAAGCCCGGUACUUCGAUCUUCUACCUGAGAAAGACUGGGAGGUUGACACUGAUGGCGUCCAAGCUCUUGCUGACAAGAAUACUGUUGCCAUUGUCAUUAUCAACCCAGGAAACCCAUGUGGCAAUGUCUACUCCUAUGAGCACCUGGCCAAGGUUGCUGAGACCGCGCGGAAGCUUGGCAUAUUUGUCAUAGCAGAUGAGGUUUACGCACACUUGACAUUUGGAGAGAGGAAAUUUGUGCCGAUGGGUGUGUUUGGGGCUGUGGCUCCAGUGAUCACACUGGGGUCAUUAUCAAAGAGAUGGCUGGUGCCUGGUUGGUGGCUUGGAUGGAUUGUUACCAAUGAUCCUAGUGGUGUAUUUCAGAGAACCAAGGUAGCCGCUAGCAUCAGGACCUACCAUUAUAUCUGCUCUGAUCCUACAACAUUUGUUCAGGGAGCAGUCCCAAACCUCCUGGAGAAUUCAAAGGAGGAAUUCUUCCAAAAAACCAUCAAAAUUCUCAAAGAAAGUGCAGACAUAUGCUGGGAGAAGUUGAAUGGCACCAACGCAAUCACAUGCCCAAGCAAACCAAUGGGAUCCAUGUUUGUAAUGGUGAAGCUGGAUCUGUCCUGCCUGCAGGACAUCAAAGAUGACAUGGACUUCUGCUGCCGGCUGGCAAAGGAAGAAUCAGUUGUUGUUCUGCCAGGACGUGUUGUGGGAUGCAAGGAUUGGCUCCGGAUCACCUUUGCAAUUGAUCCGCCUUCUCUCGAAGACGGCCUUGACAGGCUCAAGUCCUUCUGCCUGCGACACAGCAAGCCGGCACAGUGA